CAAAGUGACCGUCAGGGGGCAGAGCAUCACCUGUGGAGGCGCCAUUCACGUCCACUGAACAGCCUUAAAUUCAGCUCAAUGACUGACAGACACUGAUGAGCGCGUGUGAUGCUUCACACAGAGCAGAUGUUGUGGAAUUUAUGUAAUUAUACUUUUUAGCACUUUAAACCAAGAAUACAAUCAGUGCCAAUCUGCUCAUAUGUUUUGAAAAGAUGUAUAGAGAGAGUUACAGUUUGUCUUUCAUUCCUUCGCCACUUUUGUCCGCAGUUUUGUGAGUCCGUCAUCACUUUCCGCGCGACUCAUAGACCGCGGGUGCGCGCGCGCAUACACGCUCUCACGUUAUAACACCUUGUGACUUAUAAACACGAAUCAUGACCAGAGUGUUGUGCACAAAUUCUUGUUUUAUACGUCACAUAAAUACGUUAAAUAUGUAACGCGGAUCGCAAGAGAGCGAGCCAGUGCUGUGACGUCAUGGAGUACUUCCGGUAGAGACUAAAGUGAUCGUGAUCAAGAUCUAGAAUUCAUUCUUUUUUAAGUUCACUUAAUUUAUUAAUGAACAAAUGAAAAAAAUACUAUAAUUAAUUGUUCCACGAUAAAUGCCACUGUGUGUGAUUUCAGUUUGAUUAAAUAAGUUUUAAGCACACUUUUUAAAACACAGUCAUGGUGAGAAAAUGAGAGUUUUAUUACAUCAGAGAUACUACAACAGAAGAGAGCUGCAGUGCUGAUCCGUCCAGUCUGACAGAAGAAAACAUCAAUGAAACACCAGCACACAGUCAUCAGAACCCACUCAUGACUGCCUGUCAAUCAAUGAAAGUCCACCAAUGAGAAGAGCUCGCUCUCACUACCAGCACUUUAGUGCAUAGAAAGCAUCUUUAGAUGCAUCAAGAGAAGAUCUGCUCAUGACUCUAUUUAUAUCAGACGCGUGACUGAUCCAUCCAACAGAACCAAAGAGCAUAUCUGGGUUAAAUCAGAACACUGUCACAUUGAUCGGUAGAUGAAGUCUGAUCAUGUGUGAUGUCAUCAUCGUCAAGGAGCACAAAGGUUCCGUCUGCGAUCUGAUGUUUGAUCUGUUGACCCUUACCUGCAGAACGAGGAUUCUCAGGAUUAUUAAUGACUUCACAGGAAUCCUCCAAUCAGACCUGGAAAGUCAGGAGGGCUUUGUGGAGUUCAUGAAGGCCGUCGGUCUUCCUGAGGAUCUCAUAGAGAAGGGCAAAGACAUUAAGAGCGUGUCUGAGAUCGAGCAGAAUGGAGAUCACUUUAGUGUAACCGUGACGACAGGAACUAAGGUCCUGACCAACAAAUUUUCUUUAGGACAAGAGAGCGAGUUAGAAACUCUGACCGGAGGGAAAGUUAAAGCUGUUGUGACUAAAGACGGCAACAAACUCAAAGUCACUCUGGACAAAGUCUCAUCGGUCACAGAGCUUGUGGAUGCCGACACUAUUGUCAACACACUGACUUUGGGCAACAUCGUCUACAAGAGGGUCAGCAAACGGGUGGCAUGAUUACAAACUAUAAAACUUUUUUUCAUUAAAGUUAUUUCAAAGUCA